ACCCGACACGCAGAAGCGCUUUCACUCAGUACCUGUAGACAUGUCUCAAAGCAAACCUGAAGAGCGUCUAGCUCUGGAGUUGAGCUGUGCGAUCUGUUUGCAGUUGUACCGUGAUCCCGUGGCCCUUCCUUGUGGACACAAUUAUUGCUUGGGUUGUAUACGAAAUGCUGCCAGCGCAGAAGAUCGCAAGUCCCCAAAACGGUGCCCGGAGUGCAGGGAGGAGUACGGCAGCCCCGAGACGCUUCCCAAGAACUUCAAGCUCAGCAGUAUCGUGGACGGGUUCCUGGUGGCCACGACCGGCGGCGGACUGAAAGGAGGCCCAAUGGUGCCCUGUGACCAGUGCCUGGACGACCCUGUAGCUGCGGUGAAAUUCUGCACACGCUGUGAAAUGUCACUCUGCCCCGGCCAUCUAAAAAAACACGAGGAACGGCACCGCUCGCUGCACGUCUUAGUGGAGCCGUCUGCAGAACGGGAUGGGAAGAGGUGCCCGGUGCACUUGAAGGUCACGGAGUACCUGUGCGCGCAGGAGCGCCUGUUCCUCUGCUCCGAGUGCCUGAUGGAGGGCACUCACCAGCACCACGAGGUGCAGACGUUCGAGGUGGCCAAGGAGGAAAUGAAGAGAGUUCUCGAGGAACUGGGGAAGUCUGUGUCUGACAAGCUACAGAUUACAGAAGCUCUGGUGAAAAGUGCCAGUGAAGGUCCCACGGACAAGGCCGAAGAUAAACUGGUGGCCAGAGCAAACAUACUGCUGGACAACAUGACUUCGCUUAUAAGUUCAUACAAGAGUCGUAUGAGCACUGUGAUGAACAACGAGCUUCAUUCUCGGGACAAAAGCUGGCAGGCCAGUCUAUGCGACUUGGAGGGUUGUCUACACCAGCUGCAGGAAGCCCAAAAGUGCACCGGUGAGGUUCUCUCUCAGUCCUCAGAGUUUCUCUUCAUCCAGAACUACCUCAACGUCGAAGCAAGGAUCCGCCAGGCUGUUAACGUCACCAUCCCUGCUCUACCUUCACAAGAGUCUUCCAACGCCAAGCAGCUGCGCUCAAACCUACGUACAGACGCCUUCCACGCUGAGAUGAGUCUUCUGUUGGAGUACCUCCAUGGCUUGAUGAACCCUCUAGACCUGACCUUCAACCCAGCCACGGCCCACCCUAGCCUUCUGCUGUCCGGCGAUCUCAAAACAGUCAAGCAGUGCGCCGGAGCUAAGAGCAGCACCAAUGGAGAUCAGAGCGAACGCUUCUCCACGGCCACUCAGGUCAUGUGCACCCAGGGUUUCUCCACAGGGGUUCACAUGUGGGCAGUGGAGGUUGGUCCUGGAUGUAUGUGGUCUCUGGGCCUGUGCUAUAAAAGCAUCCCGCGCAAAGGUGACCACAGCAGGCUGGGGCAUAACACCAGUUCCUGGAGGUUGCAGUGGAAAAGCAAGAAGAUGACGGCGUGCUACGACUCGGCUAAUGUGGCCGUAGGUGAAGGGCUGGUAAUGCCGCCAAAGAAGAUCGAAGUGACCCUGGAUUACGAAGGAGGAACUAUGGCUUUCCACAGCUCUGGAAAUGGAGGGCGCAGACAACACCUUCAUACAUUUAGUGCCGUGUUCAAGGACACGGUGUAUCCUGCGUUCGCAAUCCACUCUACUUCAGAGGAGUCGUGGAUAACUCUUCUGAGUGGAGCUUGACUGACACCAGCAUGCUUUCAUUUUCCCUCUUGGAUCAUUCUCGUUGUCCUUUUUUAAUUCUUUAUGCUUUAUUAUGCCUAAUCAUCUGCACUUGUAAAGAAACACCCAGACACAGUCAUGCCAUGCACACUUCAUUUACUAAAGAAAAAAUCUUGUAACAACUUAGCAGUUCUUGAUGUAUAGUAAAAAUGUUGGUGUGAUAUUAAAGUCUUCAUUUAACAAGUUCAAUAAAUACCAACAAUUUGUACAAUAAUCAAUAAAUGUAGUUAUUAAUACAAUGGGAAAUGGCUUGAAAAUUCAAGAGGACAAAUAUGUGCCGCCUCAGUUUCAAUAGACAUGAUGCUUCUGGAACAGACAUAAAUACCAGAGCAAAGCCACUGCAAUUACAAAUGGACUUCUUUUAGACUGUGAAUGAAAUGUUUGCGCAACACCUACAAGUAUCGGCGUAAACCCAAAAAUAGGAGAAUCUGAAUGGGUUUUGUUUAAAUGUUACUUAAAGUCUAGUUUUCUUGGCCCUAAAUAAGACAAGUCUUUUAAGAAAGUAAUCUGUACAUAGUGCGUUUUAUCCAGAGGUCAGAUCUUUCUGUCUCUGGGAAACAUUUAAAUUCAGACGCUCUUCAGAGCAUGAACGUUAUCAGUUCUUUUGUUUUGAGGUAUGUCAUAAGAGUUUUGCUUGUAGUUUCACUUGAAAAAAUGGUAAUGCCAGCAAAAGUUACAGUAAAAGACUGCAAACUGCAUGCACAUGAUGAUUACAUUAACACACAUGCUAGCAAACAACAUCCUUCAGGGGCAUAUGUUCUGUUUUGCAGAUUAUAUACGGUUGUACUAAAUAUGCAAAAACACCUACAGCAAAGUUCUCUGUGUACAGUAAACCAUGGUCUGUACUUCCACACUGAACAGAAAUAAAAGCAAAUGUACAUUAGCUUGUCUCGUAAAACAAGUAAUACUUGUUCACAUUUCCUUAUCACAUAGUUUAUCACAGUUUUGACUCAAAUCAGUCUGACCUGACAUAGUUUCCCCUC